AUCAAACGCUUCUCGCUCUUCUCUACUUGUGUGUGUGUGUUCUUUUUCCGUUUUGCAUUAUUAAUUAAUUAAAACUUCCUUUAAUUUUGAUGGCCUCCGUCGUGGCUGAAAUCCGCAAGGCUCAAAGAGCCGAUGGCCCUGCCACGGUGUUGGCGAUCGGCACCGCCACACCGCCGCACAGCGUUCUGCAGUCGGAUUAUCCCGACUACUACUUUCGUAUUACUAAUUCUGAACAUAUGACUCACUUGAAGGAGAAGUUCACUCGAAUGUGUGAAAAGUCGAUGAUCAGAAAGCGACACAUGUAUCUGACGGAGGAGAUACUUCGGGAGAAUCCGAAUAUGUGCGCGUAUAUGGCACCUUCUCUAGACGCGCGUCAGGACAUAGUGGUGGUAGAAGUGCCGAAACUGGGCAAAGAUGCCGCUGCAAAAGCCAUCAAAGAGUGGGGCCAACCCAAAUCCAAAAUCACGCAUCUCAUCUUCUGCACCACCUCCGGCGUCGACAUGCCCGGCGCUGACUAUCAGCUUCUCAAGCUCCUCGGCCUCCGCCCCUCCGUCAAACGCUACAUGAUGUACCAGCAAGGCUGCUUCGCGGGCGCCACCGUGCUCCGCCUUGCCAAGGAUUUAGCCGAGAAUAACAGAGGAGCCAGAGUGUUGGUAGUCUGCUCGGAGAUCACCGCCGUCACGUUCCGUGGGCCGUCGGAGACUCACUUGGACUCGAUGGUGGGGCAGGCAUUGUUUGGAGAUGGUGCAGCGGCGGUGAUAAUCGGAUCGGACCCGGAUGUGACAGUGGAGCGGCCGUUGUACGAGUUGGUAUGGACCGGAGCGACGGUGGUGCCGGACUCAGAGGGUGCGAUCGACGGGCACUUGAGGGAAGUGGGGCUGACCUUCCAUUUGCUUAAAGAUGUGCCUGGCCUUAUCUCUAAGAACAUUGAGAAAAGCCUUAAAGAAGCCUUUACACCUCUUGGAAUUAGCGACUGGAAUUCCAUUUUCUGGAUCGCUCAUCCAGGUGGCCCUGCUAUUCUCGACCAGGUGGAAGGAAAAUUAGGUUUAAAGGAAGAGAAGAUGAGAGCAACUCGAGAGGUUCUAAGCGAGUACGGUAACAUGUCGAGUGCAUGCGUGUUGUUUAUAAUGGAUCAAAUGAGGAAGAACUCUGUGGAGGAAGGAAAUUCAACAACUGGAGAAGGGCUUGAAUGGGGAGUUCUGUUCGGGUUCGGGCCAGGGCUAACGGUGGAGACCGUGGUGCUACAUAGCAUCGACAUAAAGGAAACCACCUUGGAAGUUGCCUCUCAUUAACACUACUAUGUUGUUGCAUCAUGCUGAAGUUGCUGUAGUCAUAAAUGAAAAGCAAUAUAAUGAUGAAGAUGUUCAUGGAGAUGGAGCUUGAAUUGUUUGGUUUGGUUGUUGGCAGUAAAUGAAAGUAGGAGUUUGUGGUUAGUCGAUUAUAAAUUGAAGGUAAAAGGGUAAGAAAAGUAAAAAAGACAAUUGCAAGAUCAAAACUUUUUAUGUCCUAUUGUAGUAGAUGGCUAGUAAGUGUAUUUCCAUUGCUCCUUUUAUCCGUUUAUUCAUAAAUAGUUAACCCUAAAAGUUUAUAUUGAAAUAUUAUGUUGUACUAGUUUUCGACU